AAUAAAUAAUUACAUAUGUAUAUUUAAAUUGAUAUUUAAAAAUAUAUGAGAGCUGUCAGUUGAGUUUUUCUUUUCAUAUUUAAUAUUUUCAUGAUCGACUUUUUAAAAACUCGAGACUCGAAGUUUUUGGCGGCUACCGGCUUCUGAUCUCGGUAUAUUCUUUUAUAAUUAUUUAUAAUUACAGAGGUUUAAUGAGUUAAAAAAAUUAAUUUGAAUAAAUGUAUGAAAAAUGUCGCGAGUUAAAAGGUUAUCUAUUCGUGGUAUCAGGAACUUUGGAGAUGAUAACGAAGAAUUGAUAAAAUUCACACGUCCGUUGACGUUAAUCAUCGGGCAAAAUGGUGUUGGUAAGACGACGAUCAUCGAAGCACUUCGUUAUGCAUCCACUGGAGAGUUUCCACCAGGUUCCGACCGCGGCAGAGGAUUUAUUCACGACCCGUGUUUGAAAAAAUCUGUGGCGCAUGUACGUGGAGUUGUCAAGGCAGAAUUCAUUGAUAGCAAAGGAUUGAUAGUGACCGUACGUCGAACGAUAGAGGCUACAAGAAGAGCUACUACUUUACAAUUUAAAACAAUUGAGAAUACAAUCUCAACAAAAAAUAAAGAAACCGGUGAAGAAUGUCAGAUAAAUCAGCGAUGCACUGAUAUAGACAAGGAAAUGACAAAUUCACUAGGUCUGUCGCCAGCGAUUCUAAACAAUGUGAUAUUUUGUCAUCAGGAUGACUCGAACUGGCCAAUGGACGACGGCAAAAAAUUGAAGGAGAGAUUCGACGAGAUAUUCGACACCACUCACUACAACAAAGCUCUGGACCAUUUGCGGAAAACCAUCAAAGUCAAGCAAGCUGAUGUGAAAAAAUUUGCUGUGGAGCUUGGCGCGUUGAAGAUCUUUGUCCAGGAGGUUCAGUCCAAGGAGGCUAAACUCCAGGAUCUCCGUGCGCGCAGGGUCGAAGCGACGAGUAACAUUGAGGCCUUGAUCGUCGAGCUCGAGCCGAUUAAAAACAAAAUACGUGAGAGGAAAAGUGAUGAAGAGCACUACGUAACUUUGAUGAGUGACAAGGAAAAGAAACAAGUUGAGUUGGAGUUGGCAACGCAGAAACGCAAGUCUCUAGAGGAAUCGAUAAAAGAGUUGUUCAAAGAAUCUGAUGAGGAAUUGGAGAGGAUUCUCGCGGACAAUGAUCAAGAUUUUAAUGAAAAGAAUAACAAAAUUGUUGGAGUUGAAUCUAGAGUCCAGGAGCUGGCGAGAAUCGAGGCUGAAUGCGCAAAUUCUUUAGCUGAUCAGCGAGUUAGAGUGGGGACACUUCGUCAGCAAUUGGAGGAGCAGACUCGCAAAGUUCGGGAUCGUAAUUUGAUUCUCAAUGAAAUUUUACGUAAUUGUGAACUAGAGGAAGUUGAUGAUAAAACUUCUGAAGGUCUCAUACGUAACUCUGUCGAGAAAGUGGAGUCGAAGUUGCAUAAAAUUGAGCAGGAGUUUGAAGACUUGCGCAAGCGGCACGAUCAACAGGAAGCUGAGCUGGAGAAAACGGUUGAUUUGGAGCGAAACAAGCGGGCGAAGAUUGAUUUUGAGCUCAAGCAAAGCCAGAAGGAGAUUGUUGACACGCGGGAUACCAUGAAAAACGUCCGCUCGGACAUUGCUAAGGCCAAUGACGCUGCCAAGAAGCUGGACGAGAUAAAUGAUAAGUUGGAGAAGGUAAAGAAACAGGUUGAUGAUCUUACUGAGACUAUCGAGAAUAAAAAUAUGCCGGAGCUGAUAAAAUCCCAGGAGGAAGCAUUGGCAAAUAAGGAGCAAGAGUUUGCUAAAGUCGAUGAGUUGAUGUCGCGGAUGCAAAGCGCCAGUGCUCUGCGGUCCAAGUUUGAGAAUUUGUCGGCGGAGAUAAACGUAAAGUGGAAAGAAAUUGAUGAAUUGAAGAAGAAACACGGCAGCAGCAUCAAGGAGUUGCUGGGGACAAAUGAAAUUCCUAGUUCUAAAUUAAAGGACCGGGUCAAUAGUGUUCAGAUGACGUUGAACGAACGGUUGAACAGACUGAGGCAGGAGAUCAGCAGCGAGCAAAACAAGGCCACUUCAUUGGAGACGAUGAUCAAUCAUGCGAAGAAGGAAAUGAAUGCCAAGAUCAGCGAGAUCCAGCGGGACAAGGAAAGGAUCAUGACCCACUGUCCUGAUUAUAAUAAUUAUGAGGAAACUUUACUGCUUACUGGCAACAAACUCAAGGCGUUGGAGAAUAAGCGCGGGAUGUACGCGUACCAGGGUGCUGCUUACGCGGCGUACGUUGAAAAAUUGUCUAGUCCCAAACCCUGCUGUCCCCUGUGUGUGCGUGAUUUCAGUACUCGCGAGGAAGCUGCUAAAGUUGUUGAUACUCUCAACCAGGACCUAAAGAAUCAUCCGAAGCGGCUGAAGCAAUGCGAGGAAGAGUUGAACGCUGUGCGUGCUAAGCAUGAAACUCUUUUGUCACUGCGCACUACGGUGGAGAAGGUGCUCAAGUUUGAAAAGGAUGACAAGAAGAACAUGAGUAACAAUAUAGUGGAGAGCCAAAAGCAACUGGAGGCCAAGAAAAAUAAAAUAAAAGAGCUGGAACGGCUGACGGAGGAGUUGGAUAAAAAAAUAAACGUGUGUAAUAAUUUGUCUGGGGACGUGGCGCUCUGGGACAAGUGUCUACAUGAGAUUGAACGGAUCCAAGACGCCUAUGAGGAAGUCCAGGUUCAAAUUAUUGAAUUGGGUCUGCCGGAUAAGUCGAUGGAUGAAGUAAGAAGCGAGUACGAGGCUCUGAAGCAACAAGUCAAGGGUAUAAGAGAGAAAAUAAGUCUGCUACGAGAAGAGAUGGACGUUUACAAUAAAGAGCUGCGCAAUGCUACUGAAUCGCGAGCUAUUUGUCUAGAGGAACAGCUCAGUGUUCACAAUCAGGUCCAGCGGGUGAAGCAGCUGCGCGAACAUUUCGAUAAGCUGGUGGAGAAAGAAAAUAAGUUGAGAGAAAGAAAUCAGGAGUUCGGAAAAAUGCUUGUUGUUGCUGACGGAGAGCUCGACGUCGUAGUCCGCCAGUUGGAAGAGGUAAAGAGUUGUAAUCGUGAUGAAGAGGACAAACUGCGUAAGAGAUUGCAGGAGUUCACUAAACAGGUGGACAAGCUGAUGUCUGUGCAGACUGAACUCAUUAAUUUGCAGUCCAAGAAAAUUGAUGUCGAGCUGAAAGUUCUCGAGUGCGAGAUGAGUGAAAAUGAGAGGCGGCUAGAUGACACUAAAGAAGAGGUUGCGAAGCUCAAAGAUAAAUUGGUAGAGCUGCGAGAAGACGUUUCGUGCCAUGAAGUCAGGAGGAGGAACCUUCAGGAUAAUCAGGAGCUACGUAAGUGCAAAGCUGCUAUAGGAAAAUUAUCUCAAGUUGUCAGAGCUCUGGAGACGCAGAUCCGGGAAGUAAAUAUUGAUAAAGUUCGCCGGGACUUGGAAGAGUAUCAACGACGGGUCCAGAUGUUGGAGAAGCAGAUAAAUAUCGCUCGCGGUAGUGAGCAGGAGCUUAAUUUGAGUAUCAUUCAGCUGGACAACGAGUUGCAGAAAGAAGAGUACUGUACAGCUAAGCAGAAUUACAAGAACAAGUGGCUGGAGAAAAAUAUUACAGACGACGCUAUCACCGACGCACUGACCUACUGCAAAGUACUGGAUGCCGCCAUGUCAAAGUACCAUGAAGACCGAAUGAACAGCGUCAACAAGUCGAUGAACAAUUUGUGGAAACAUAUUUACAACGGGGCGGACACUACCUCGAUACAAAUUCGUACUGAGGCGGCGACGACCGCUGGAACUUUGAGACGUAGCUUUAAUUACAAGCUGGUCCAGAUAAAGCACGGAGAGGAAAUAGACAUGCGAGGCCGGUGCAGUGCUGGGCAACGUGUCCUAGCCUCAAUCGUAAUCCGGCUCGCCCUAGCGGAGACCUUCUGCGACCAAUGCAGCAUGCUCGCUCUCGACGAACCCACCACCAAUUUGGACGCUGCUAAUUCCGCGAGUCUCGCGGAAACUCUCUUCAACUACGUGACACUCAGGUCCAAGUUCCAGAAGUCCUUCCAGCUGAUAAUCAUCACGCACGAUGAGCACUUUAUUCACAAGCUCAGCCAACUGAACUCCAGCAGCGGAUUCUAUCAGCUUUAUCGCAACGACGAGGGCCUGACUAAUAUCCAGUACUUAGUUUUCGACCAGGACACACCCAGCGAACGCCAGCUCGCCCCCAAUGACGGUGGCAGCGAUGACGAGGUUGAGAAAAAGGCUGCGCCUCGCAAGAAGGAUUCUCUUCCUCGCACUAAGAAACGACCGAUUUCCCCAAGUGCUUCCACCAGUGCUACUAAAAAACCAUAUGAUUUUUCUUUGUAAUUUAUGAUUAUUUAAAUACAAGAUUUUUUAUAGUAUUUAAUUACGAUUACUGUUAAUAUAUUGAUUGAAUAUUUAAGAGGCUUAUAUAUUUAAUAAAUUUUUAUAUUUUAAAUUUCGAUUAAAUUUUUUUACUAAUCAAAAAUACAAAUUUAGUUUUAGUCCCAUAAUUUAAUUUUUUAAUUGUCUG